GGCAGGUAACGCCUCCCUCCCUAGCUGAAUCCUCCCCCCAAUCCCAGCCCGACACCCGCGUCCACGGCGGAAUCCCAUUCCGAUUCCUCCCUCCCCGCCUCCCCUCUCGCCGUAGGGGGGCCGGCCCGGGUGGGGCUAGGGUUCGUCGCGUCACCCGCCGGCCUCCUCCGACGCGGCACCGACCGACCCCCCGUGCCGCGUACCGGGCCCGGCCGGAUGCUAUGCUGCUGACCUGCAGGUCCCUCUCCACCUGGGUGCGCCGCCUCGUCGCUUGCAUGGGAGGUUGCUUUGGAUGCUGUGCUAAGCCAACUCCAAUAACAGCAGUAGACGAGCCUUCCAAACGGUUGAGGAUCCAGGGGCGCUCGGUGAGGAAGGCUAGCCUGUCGGAGGACUUUUGGAGCACAAGUGCUCGUGAGAUGGAGAACAGCGGGAUCCAAUCGCAGAGGAGCAUAUCUUCGAUCAGCACGGUGGCUCAGUCCAGCGAUCAGCAUGCAGCAGGAAGUAGCAGCAACCCGAAUGAGUUUGUGAAUCAAGGUCUUAUGCUCUGGAACCAGACCAGACAACAGUGGGUUGGAAGCAAAAAACGCCACUCUAGAUCUCAACAGCCUCGAGAACCAAAAUUAAGUUGGAACACAACGUAUGAGACUCUGAUAGGAAGCAAUAAGCCAUUCGCCCAGUCGAUACCUCUUGGUGAAAUGGUAGAUUUGCUUGUGGACGCUUGGGAUCAAGAAGGCCUUUAUGAUUAGGCCUGUGGAGUCCAUUGUUUGACUCAGAUUAGCGUUACAUUUCCUGAGCCCAAUGGUGUACCCUGAAUAUCAUAUCAUGAAACAUGGGAUCGUCCUUAUGUUAAGCAAUUGUAAUAUAUUGUUCCCGUCAAAGCUUAUGAGAACAUGAGAUGACAUUGUACCUGGUGUUUUUAUAUGAAAACUUGAUUUGGGUGAUCUAGGGCUCUA